AGCGCCAGUAUUGGGGUUCUGAUCUUGAGCUCCCUACUAUGGACUUUGAAGAGGUACUGCACAGUGAUGAAAGUGCAUACAAGUGGUUGGUUACCCUUAAAAAGGUGGGAAUUGUGCUUCUAACAGGAGCUGCUAUCAAACAGGGAGAAAUUCUGAAGCUCGGACAACGCAUUGGUUUCCUUCGCCUCACGUUUUAUGGGCCUACUUGGCAAGUGCAAGACAAAUUGGAUGCCAACAACGUGGCGUACACAACUGAGAAGCUAAGUUUUCAUACCGAUUACCCUGUUCUACAAUUUCCACCAGGGAUUCAGUUUCUGCAUUGUAUAAAACAAACUUCUACUGGAGGGGAGAGUGAAGUUGUGGAUGGAUUUCAUGUAGCCAAUAAGUUGAAGGAGCAAAAUCCUUGUGCCUUCAAAAUCUUGACCUCUACAUUUGUAGAUUUCACAGACACUGGAGUUGAUUACUGUGAUUUUGCCAUGCAAGCCAAACAAAGAAUUAUAGAUGUAGAUGAAAAGGGCCAAGUGAUUCGUAUCAAUUUUAACAAUGCAACCAGAGAUACAAUAUUUGACAUACCUGCUGAAAAAGUAAAGCCAUUUUAUGCUGCUCUCAAGGACUAUGUUGUUCUCCUAAAUAGCACGGAUUAUAAAUAUUCAUACAAAAUGAAGCCAGGUGACAUAGUGGUAUUUGAUAAUUGGCGUUUACUUCAUGGUCGGCAGAGUUAUCAGGCAGGAGCAGAAAUAUCCCGUCAUCUUGAAGGAGCCUACGCAGACUGGGAUGUAGUAAUGUCAAGACUCCGAAACUUACAAAAGAAUGUUCUGGGGAGACAAUACCUUUGAAGCUUGCCCUAAGGAGAACUCUUGGGGUUGGAUUUUUUUCCAUAACGGAAAGUGAACCUGAUAUAUUCCCAGUUUAUUCAGGGCAUUCCUGAAUAAGCUAGGUGUUGUCUAUCGUGUUGAAUAUGUAGAUGAUCUCUUAAACAAAGAAUAACAUGGGUUCUUACAGGUAGUCCUCAAUGUAUGUCUGAUUGGUUAGUAACCGUUCAGAGUUAUGACACGAAAAAAAGGACUGUUAACCUGGCUCCCCCCCCCCCAUUGUGAAUAUAUUUUGGGUGCUCAGCAACCUGCCUACAUUUGCAGCCAUUUAACACAUUCUGCAGUCAUUUGAUCACAAUUUACAAUAUUUUUUUGCCAGGAAGUGAUGCUUAUCUCCAAUUUGCAGCAAAAAUCAUUCUUUGCAGACAAUUGGUUCACUUAACGACCUUGGCAUUUGCUUAACAACUGUGGUGGAUCCACUUAACAAUCAUGGUGAUAUGCUUAAUGACCAUUGUAUAAAAUGUAAAAAUGAAUUGGUGAUGUGAUGACCUGCGUAACAACUGGUAUGACUUUUGACCAUAAUUCUGUUCUUAAUUGCAAUCAUAAAUUGAGGACUAUUUGUAUUGUGAGAAAACAUAGUUUGCCCUUUCUUGCUAAUUAGAGUCUGAGCAACUUCCAAGUUUUCCAAAGAAUAUUGAAGAAUAGACUAUCAAAAACCAAGAAUAGCAUGUAAUGUUGAAAACCUUUAACAAAGUCUUGUCCAUUUUGGAGGCAGAUGCAUUGAGGACAGGAAAGAAAUCAGAGGUGGAAUGGGAAGUUCUCUUUAUGAAAUGAGAAGUUCAUUGCUAUUAAUCCUCUGAAAUCAGGUUAUUUUCUUUUCACAGCCUUAAAAGUUAAUAGUCUGUCUCCCGGACAUUUUUGUGGAGUAUAAACUGACUCAUAGGCACAAACCAAAACAAUAAUUAACAAAAACAAGAAUUUUUGUUUCAGUUUUCAAAGUUACAGUAUGUUGUUCUUAUAUUUGUAAUGUCUUAUGAACACCAACAUGGGAUGCAGUGGCUCAGUAGUUAGGAUCGUUAAAGAUCAGCAGUUCGAGCCCCGAGUGCUGUGAGACAGAGUGAGCUCCCAUCACUAGUCUCAGCUCCUCCCAACCCAGCAGGUUGAAAGCAUGCAUAUGCAAGUAGAUGAAUAAGUGCAUAUAAGCAUGCAGGAAAGUAGCAGUGUUCCAUGUUUCACUGAACACUCUGUGCUGAGGCGUGAUGUCAUGCUAGCCACAUGAUCAAUUGUCUCUGAACAAUGCUGACUCUUUGGCUUAAGAAAGGGAGAUGAGUACUGCCCCCUUAAAAUUGGUCACAACUACAGAGUAAUAUGUAGACCCUUGGGGACACCUUACCUCUUUUUUUUUCUUAUGUAGACCAACACAUUUUAUUUUGCAAAUGUAAAGUUAAAACUCAUGUGAAAAAGCUAGGAAAAUUUUAAGCAUCAUGAAAUUUUACUAAAUUAAUACAUUCAUACAAAAAUAUGUGUCAUGAAAAUUAUAAUGAAAUCAAGUGUAUGCUUUUUACAGCUCCUAAAAUUUUAUAUCAUAGAAUGGCAACAAAUUCUUGGAAGAAUCAAACCACUUUGCACAACAUACUGAGCUUAGCACAAUGUAUGAAUUAUUUUAAUUCUGGUUCUUUCUAAUGAUAUCAUGUGAAAUGAAAUAAUGUCCUGACUAUUUUUCAAAAGUGACUUAAAAGAACUAAGAUGAAUUUCUUUUGCACAAGAGUAGAUCUUACAUAAUAGUAAAGAAUCUCCCGUGCAUACUGUUGCUGUGAUUAAUUUUUAUGGUGCUUUUUUUUCCCUCUUGACUUGCAGCAAAGAAGUUGCAAGUUGGAGUGUCUUAACUUUUUAUUGAACUGUCAUUUAUUCCCCCAAAUUCAGUUACAUUUAUUGUUUUGACCAUUGGUUGUAACAAAUAAGAUGAAACCUGCACAAAAUAUUAAUAAAAAGAUUAAAAUGUGCAAAAAUCAGUAAAAAAAAAACCAUUAAAGCAAAUAUAAUAUUAGCCUUAGGAAUUUUUGAUAAAAUAUCAUCUCUGUUUAGCAACAGCUCAUGCAAAGUUUACUAAUUUCUGUAGCACACUCUUCUCAUCUAAAUUCAUUAGGUAUUCAAUUUUAUAUGUAUCAGGCCCAAAUUAUUUUCUUACCAAGAAGGGAUCCUGAUGUUUUCCCGGUGCUGAAGGAGAAAUAAAGCAAUACAAUAAAUAAUGGAUAAAAUCUUUUGUAAUCUCUUUGGAGCAAGGGCAGAAGCACAUAUUAUAUGGGAUGUUGAGAAAUCAGCCCUCUAUAACUGCGUCUACUUCCAAAUAAUGUUA